AUGACUCUUUCACCGUUGAUGGGAUUUUUACAUCCGGAUAAUGUGCAUCGAAUGACGGACCUUGCUGUCGAGUUAUCCAGUUUAGCAGCUCGUUCGAUAGCCAAAAAUGAAAAGGAUGUUGCGUGGGUGUUUCUACUGCUAACCGUAUCCGAUAUCACCACUCAAUCACGAAUGUCGUUUCUGAAGGCGUUUGCUCCACUUGAACACACUACAUCUGGUACAGAUGCCAUUUCCUCUACAACGUCAACGUUAUUAACGACGACAAUCAGCGACCUAACUUCAGUCCCGCCGUUUCAUGAAGAGCUUUUCGAUCUCGGUGGUCUUAGAGACUAUGUUCCCGGUGCCAACAACAAUUUUGGACUUCGCAAAGGACCAGGUUGCCUACCGUUUCUCUCCGAAUUCAUGCAAGUGGCAUACGGUAACUGCCAAAAGGUGGCCGACGAAAAAGCAUUCGAUGCUUGGGGAGAUGAAUUGAAAAGCGCCAUAUAUACAGGACAGAUCGACCUUCUCAAAGCAAGGCUUAAGAUAGCACAUUAUCGCGAUUUGACGAACUUCGUCCUUCGCCUUCACUACUUCAACAAUAAUUCCGUCUACUUCUAUGGAUGGUACGGAACCCGUUGA